GAUUUAAAAGAAAAAGAAUCAUCUUAAUCCAGGGUUUGUGGUAGCGGGGUGUCAUGGUAGCUUGACCCGCAGUGGUCGAGGGCGGUACUGCAGCAUCGGGGAUGAUAGCUGUCAGAAAACACCAACGAAGAAGAACAGGCUGCUAGAGCUAAUCCAGCUCUAUAAUCUCCCAUUAGACGGUUUUAGCUUCACGGAGGUUAUUUAAUAUUCCAUCGUGAUUUCAUUUAACUUUAUACUGUCACUUAGACUUGCUAGCAGUGGGUGUCCUCUGCUUCGCUGGGCGUCAUUUUCACAGCUACAGCCACAUUGUGUGGAGCUGCAGCUAAAGCUCCGCAGCCACUUUAACAGUCUCAUUCUUCCCUCCCCGUGGAUCAGAACAGAGGGGAAGAGCAGCGGGAUGUCCAUGUCUUCAGUAUCUGCAGAACUCCCACAUGAGGUCCGUAAGAGGCAAAAGGCUGAGCUGCAGCUUUGCAACAAAGAGAGGAGCUCUGACGUGGACGAGGAGGACCCAGAACCGCCGCAGAUCAAAGAGGAAGAGGAGGAGCUGUGCACCAGCCAGGAUGCAGAGCAGUUCAUGGUGAAGCAGGAGAAUGGCGCGCUUUCGCUGCUCCAGUUCAAACCCAAACCCGAAGAACCAUUUGAAGUUCCUGAAGGCGGCCUGGUGCCGUCCGAGGAGGAGAUGGACGAUCAAUACAGAGCGCUGGACGUCGCCUGGAGACCGCGAGGAAAACUGCGUAGAAUCGAGGGAGCCGAGCUGGACCUGGGGUCCUCUGCGCUGGACGAGGAAGACUCCGAAGCCUCGUCGGCCUCUCAGCCGGCCCCGGCUCAAGAGAUGAAGAAGAGGAAGAAGAUGGCGGCCGCUGACGGGGACCGACAGUACCCCUGGAGGGACGGACACCAAGAUACCAUGGCGCACUUUUGGCUGACACACCCGAUUUUCUACGAUAAAGCCCAGCAGCACUACAAGAACAAAGAAAUGAGGAACCAGCUGAUGCAGGACUUGAUUCAGAAGAACAAUAAGGAGUGGGAGAAGAUCCUCACCCCGCUCCCCACUGUAAUCCAGGUGGAUGCACAUUUGCGCAACAUGCGAACCAGAUUUGUGAAGCUGCUGAAGCGCAAGUCGGCCGCCCCCGGGCAGACGCUGUCCUACAAGGAUCAGAAGAUCUGGGAGCGCUACCAGUUUCUGCGGCCAUACAUUCAGCGCAACAGAACAACAGCAACACACUGUUUUCCUAGCUUGCAGUCCGGAGGGGACACUGCUGAGGAUGACAUCGAUGAAGAUCCCAUCCUUCAGGCGAGUCAGCAGGUCGCGUUGGGCAGUCAGCCGGCCUCCAGCUCUCAGACCCCGCCCAAAGGGAAAGGCAAGGUCAUAAGCAGAAGACCCCUCACGUCGCCUACGCCAUCGACUGGUCCAGACAACGAGGACAUGUCUGAGAUGGAGCAAAUACUGCAGCAGGCCAAGGACCUGAUCUCCAGCAUCAGGGCUCCAUCGCGGAGCGAGCAUGAGCGGAGGGUCAGGGACUUCAGCAGGUAUAUGGAGUCGGAGAUGCUGCUAAUACCCGAGUCUUUGUGGGACGAGUGCAGCUUCUCCAUCAUGAACGUGAUCCGAGGCUUCAAGACGGCUCAGAAGCAGGGUCAGCUGACUCUGUCCCAGCCCCCUGCAUACCAGCAGAGUUAUGGAAGCCAGUCGUACCAGCAGCCGCAGGGGGGGUAUUCCACACAGCAUCAUACUGGUACCUUCCAGAACCACCAGCAGCCAGGCGCCUUUCACCAACAGAGUGGCACGUUUCAGUAGCUGCAGCCGCUAAGGAUCGGAGCUGCCUACACCCAGCUCAGCACGGACAGAGUUCAGUCCGGACGCCGGCUGGAGCCGACGCUUGUGACAGCUGGGAACAGCAGAUGUGUCGUCACCCCCAACAGCUGCUGCUAAGUGGGAGGAUUUAGCAGGACUCAGACUCGCUUUGGAAUUUCUUACAGCUUGUCUAUUUGUACGUAGUUUGCACUUACGAAAUAAAGAGUGUUGAAGUGAGGCGCUAA